GCCAGUAGCCGGCGGGGAUGGACACGCCGACACGGCACGGGACCACAGCACGCACGCGCAAGGGUGCGGCUGACGGAGACAGACAGACAGACAGACUGGCGGCAGCCGUCCGUGGUCCACCGGUGGCGCAUUUCAGCGGGCCAGUAAACUCAGUUGCUAGUAAACAGCCCGAGAGAAAUGGCUUGGCUGGUGGUGGUGGUUCUGGCACUGAGUGUCGGGGCUGCAGUGCUGGGUGCUCCAGCUACUUCAGUUUCUGACUUCAAAAUUGCAGAGGUCACCAAUGAAACAAUAAGAUUGGAGUGGUCAAGCCCUGCCGUGGGAAAGCAAUUUUCAGUUGGACUGGUGAAUACUAAUUCAACGAACGAGUCACAAAACCUCAGCAUCAAAUCUGAAAGCGAUACAAAGUGCAGCAUUGAGUUUUCAGAUCUUAAACCACUUACUAAGUAUAGGCUGACAAUCACGAAUCCAGAAAAAGAGGAAGUCCUUGCUACAGUUGAAACAAUGACUCCCCCAUCUUUGGAAAUGCCUGAAAUUGAAGAAGUCCAGGAAGGUUGUGCCCACCUAACAUUAGCCCCUCUUCCUGAAGAACAAGCCAAAGAUGUUGAGGCUUAUCUCUUGUUGGUGAGGCCAUUAGAAGAUGCAAAAGACUAUCCUGCCGCUGAUAUCAAAGACCCAAACCUUCAAUCUAAACUUGAAGCUCUGGUCAAACCACCAUUCUACUUGGCAUAUGAAUUUACACAGGAGGAGCUGAGUAACGAGGAUGGUGGACAAGUUCAAAUUGGAACAGGGGCUGCCAAGAAAGAAGGCAAAUAUGGGUCUUUACAGGACCCAAGGCUAACAAGUGGUGGGAAUUACCGAGUUGCAUUUGUGGCAAUAAUGAAUCUGGAUGGAAAACAGAGCUGCUUUUCAGAAGAAAGCUGUCAAAUGCUGGUGAAGUGAGAGUACAUCAAGUGUUUGAACUGUGCAGUACAAGCAUUCUAUGCCUCCAAAAGAAUGACCUUGUGACUCCAUAGGUAAGCUUAUGUAUGUAUGAUCUCUCACAACUAAACUAUUGAUAAAUAUGUAUUUAAUUUAAAGUUUUAGCAAAAUUGCUGUAUUAUAAAUUGAAGCGAGCGUGCUUGUAGAAGAUGAGCAAUGAGGGAAAAAGUGAUAAAGUCACUAACACAUUGAACACAGGAAGUUGAAUGUAAUUCUGUUUGUUUUCAAUACUGAUGAAAAAUAUAAAUUCAAUGAAUAAGUGAAA